AUGGCCAAAAAAAAAAAAUUAACCACUUUACAACAUGGUGGGAUCUUGUAUAGUCGCAAUCGUGGUGAAUCAUAUUCAACUAUCGCUAGAAAUGUUAAAUGUAGAAAGACUACAGUUCAUGAUAUCUUAAAACGUACAGAAGCAGAAACUACCAUAGUGAAAAAACAUCCAGGCCGAAAGCCUAUUUUUGAUACACCCGCACUAGAAGAACUUAAAAGACUUGUUAUACAAGAUACUAAUUAUAGUCAUCUAAGUGCUCAUAAGUCUUUUUUUAGACAAUUUUUGUCAAGUCAUAAUAUCAGAGUUUGGUGUACCCCUGCUAAAGAAUUUGUCGAAUCGUGUCUUGUUCCUACUGUAGAUCGUAGUCCUGGUCUAUAUACACAACUUAUGAGAAAAUAUGGUAUCUCUGCUAUACAUCAACUAGUUCCUAAUGGAAAAGCUAUAGAUUUUUUUGAUAAUGCUGGUAUUUCUAUGUUAUCCUGGCCACCGCAAAGCCCAGACUUGAACCCAUUAGAGAACCUUUGGCAGGAGGUUGAAAGCCGUUUACACAGUUCUUUGGAUAAACUUACAAGCAUUGAAGAUUUGGAAGAAAAGGUCAAAGCUACUUGGAAUUCGAUUCCACCCAGAUAUUAUUAUGGGCUAGUCAAUAGUAUGUCCAAUCAG